AGUAAUUGAUUACUGAACGUGAACGCGACCUUACAAAUUGUCAUGUUUGUGAUGAGGUGUGAAAAGAUCUCGUUGAAUUAAAAUGGAUUUAUUUAAAUCGCAAGUUUUAAGUGUUGUGAUGUUAAAUUAGUGCGUUUUACGAAAGUGCAACUAAAUCUACGAAUACAAUACAACAGUGCCUCAGUAUAAAUGAUAUUUAUUAACCACGAAACCACCGCGCACCUAAGUCGAAUCCGAUCGGAUCGAAUGGAGUGAUCAAAUAGAAACUAACGAUGCAAACCAAUCUAAAAACUAAAGAGAUGUUUAUAGUCAGAGCUUUGGAAAAGAUAUUAGCCGAUAAGGACAUCAAGAGAUCCUAUCACAGUCAGCUGAAAAAGUCCUGUGAAGUGGCCCUUGAGGAAAUUAAAGCUGAACUAAAAAAUGGGGGCCAAGUGGAGUCACCCGAAAGUCCAUCGUCAGGCACUCUCCCUCUACCUAAGAAUGAUUCUUCAAAUAUCAUUACUGCAGAAAAAUACUUCCUGCCAUUUGAACUGGCCUGUCAGAGCAAAGCAUCCCGGAUAGUUGUCACUGCACUGGAUUGUCUACAGAAACUUAUAGCUUAUGGCCAUCUCACUGGAAACAUUCCUGAUUCAACUACACCUAGGAAACUUUUAAUUGAUAGAAUUGUUGAAACCAUUUGCAGCUGUUUUAAUGGACCACAGACUGAUGAAGGAGUCCAAUUACAAAUAAUAAAAGCUCUUCUGACUGUUAUCACAAGUCAACAUGUCGAAGUACAUGAAGGCACUGUGUUACUGGCAGUUCGUACUUGUUAUAACAUUUACUUGGCUAGUAAAAAUCUAAUUAACCAAACAACGGCUAGAGCCACUCUCACACAGAUGCUAAAUGUCAUCUUCACCAAAAUGGAAAAUCAGGCAAUUGAAUCUGAACACAAUAGUCAUGCUCCUGAACUUCACCAUAAAAUACCCAAUGGUAAUAUACCUACUGAUGAUGGACCAACUGAUACUAACAAGGAAUCAACUCCAAAUGAUGAAGAGGUUGAUGAAGUAGUAGAAGCCAAAAUGAUAGCAAAGCAAAUAGUUGACUCUGUUAUAGACAAUGCAAUAAUUAUUGCUUCAAAGAAAAAUUCUGUAGAAUAUAAUCACAAUGGUCCUGACAAUAUUGAAAUCCCAUCAGAUACUGGUAGUAUUUCCCAGGAAAGUAACGGGCAAGCUAAUAUUGAAUCUUCCAUGACAAGAAUCCCAUCACAAGAAAGUGUUGAUGUUCAAUCAGAGAAUGACAAUUCUGUGACAGCUAAGUUUACACAUGUCCUACAAAAGGAUGCAUUCCUUGUCUUCAGGGCUCUCUGUAAGCUUUCUAUGAAGCCCUUACCUGAUGGUACACCUGAUCCUAAAUCCCAUGAAUUAAGAUCUAAAAUUCUUUCUUUACAUUUACUUCUCUCUAUUCUUCAAAAUGCAGGUCCUGUAUUUCGAAACAACGAAAUGUUCAUAACUGCUAUCAAACAAUAUCUCUGUGUAGCAUUAUCAAAGAAUGGUGUUAGUUCAGUACCAGAAGUUUUUGAACUCUCUCUAGCCAUCUUCCUAGCCUUACUACAAAACUUCAAAGCUCACCUCAAAAAACAAAUUGAGGUUUUCUUUAAGGAAAUCUUCAUGAAUAUUUUAGAAACAUCAAGUUCUUCAUUUGAACACAAGUGGAUGGUUAUUCAGGCUUUAACGAGAAUUUGUGGAGAUGCCCAGAGUGUUGUGGAUAUUUAUGUUAACUAUGAUUGUGAUUUGUCAGCUGCUAAUUUGUUUCAAAGGCUAGUCAAUGAUGUGUCUAAAAUCGCCCAAGGAAGGCAAGCUUUGGAACUAGGAGCUACACCUAACCAAGAAAAAUCUAUGAGAAUAAGAGGCCUUGAGUGCCUUGUCUCAAUAUUGAAAUGUAUGGUAGAGUGGAGUAAGGAGUUGUACAUUAACCCAAACAUGCAAACUACAUUAGGAGAAAGACCAGUAAAAGAAGAUACAGAUCAUCAUAGUAUCAAAUCUCAUGGAGGAUCAAGCCUUAGCCUAGUUUCUACAGGAUCAAGUAAUAUUGGGAAUAGAGAAACUUUAGAUUCACCUGAACAGUUUGAAGUUUUGAAGCAACAGAAAGAAGUAUGGGAAACAGGCAUUGAUCUCUUUAACAGAAAACCAAAGAAAGGAGUAACUUUCUUGCAGGACCAAGGGUUAUUAGGAACAUCUACAAAAGACAUAGCUGAAUGGUUGAUAAAUGAUGAAAGAAUAGAUAAAAUAUUUAUUGGUGAAUAUUUAGGUGAAAAUGAUGAUCAUUCCAAAGAAGUCAUGUAUGCUUAUGUAGAUUCAAUGAAUUUUGCCAACAUGGACAUUGUAGCUGCUUUACGACAUUUCCUAGAAGGUUUCCGCUUACCUGGUGAAGCUCAGAAAAUUGACAGAUUGAUGGAAAAGUUCGCUGCUCGCUACUGUGAAUGUAAUCCUACUAAUACCUUGUUCACAAGUGCAGACACAGUUUAUGUGUUAGCCUUCUCCAUAAUAAUGCUAACAACUGACUUGCAUUCACCACAAGUCAAGAAUAAAAUGACAAAGGAACAGUACAUCAAACUAAAUAGUGGCAUAAGUGACAACAAUGACCUUCCGCGUGAGUAUUUAUCUCAAAUUUAUGAUGAAAUUGCUGGCCAUGAAAUUAAAAUGAAAAAUACAUCUAAACCAGGAAAACACAUGAUUGCUAAUGAAAAGAAACGGAAACUUAUUUGGAACAUGGAAAUGGAGCAAAUAUCUACAGCUGCUAAAAAUUUGAUGGAAUCUGUGUCACAUGUUCAAACACCUUUCACUACAGCAAAACAUGUAGAACAUGUGCGACCUAUGUUUAAAAUGGCAUGGACACCAUUCCUUGCCGCGUUUUCCGUAGGUCUCCAAGACUGUGAUGACCCUGAAAUUGCAUCCCUAUGUCUAGAUGGCAUUAGAUGUGCAAUUCGCAUUGCUUGCGUCUUCCACAUGUCACUAGAGAGGGAUGCGUAUGUACAAGCAUUGGCUAGAUUCACAUUGCUGACUGCAAAUUCGCCUAUCACUGAAAUGAAGGCAAAGAACAUUGAUACAAUUAAAACCUUGAUAACAGUGGCACACACUGAUGGCAACUAUUUAGGAUACAGCUGGUUAGAUGUCGUGAAAUGCAUUUCACAGCUAGAACUAGCUCAGCUUAUAGGAACUGGAGUGCGACCACAGUUCUUAUCAGGGUCGGGAAUUAAACCACAACCAGAUGUGCUGAAAUUCAGCCUCAUGUCAUUAGAUCCCAGUGUAAAAGAACACAUUGGCGAAACAAGUUCACAGAGUGUUGUAGUGGCAGUUGACAGAAUAUUCACAGGAUCGACUAGACUCGACGGAGACGCAAUUGUCGAUUUUGUGAAAGCCUUAUGUCAAGUAUCACUGGAUGAGCUAAGCCAUCCUACAAAUCCUCGAAUGUUCUCCUUGCAGAAGAUUGUAGAAAUCUCAUAUUACAACAUGGGUCGUAUCAGGUUGCAGUGGUCACGUAUUUGGCAAGUCCUCGGCGAUCACUUCAAUAAAGUUGGCUGUAGUAGCAAUGAAGAUAUCGCAUUUUUCGCAGUAGAUUCCUUAAGACAACUGUCUAUGAAAUUCAUUGAGAAAGGGGAAUUCGCCAACUUUAAAUUCCAAAAAGACUUCUUAAGACCGUUCGAGCACAUAAUGAAGAAAAAUAGCUCGCCGACGAUACGAGAUAUGGUGGUCAGAUGUAUCGCACAAAUGGUCAAUUCUCAAGCGCCAAAUAUAAAAUCCGGUUGGAAGAACAUAUUUUCGGUAUUUCACCUGGCAGCCAGCGAUCAAGACGAAGCUAUCGUAGACCUAGCGUUCCAGACUACGGGCAAAAUUAUAACGGAACUCUACGAGAGACAAUUCCCAGCAAUGAUCGAUUCAUUCCAAGAUGCAGUCAAAUGUUUGUCCGAGUUCGCCUGCAACGCUAAAUUCCCUGAUACGUCUAUGGAAGCUAUCAGGCUUGUGAGAUCUUGUGCGACGGCAGUGGGCACUUCGCCGCACUUGUUCGCAGAGCACGCCGGACUAGAAGGAGAGCCGGGAGCGCUGGAGGAAGACCGAGUGUGGUUGCGAGGCUGGUUCCCACUCCUGUUUUCGCUCUCCUGUGUAGUGAGUCGAUGCAAACUCGAUGUCCGAACGCGAGGGUUGACUGUGCUCUUUGAAAUUAUUAAAACUCACGGCGAUUCGUUCCGUCCCCACUGGUGGAGAGAUUUAUUCAAUAUACUAUUUAGAAUAUUCGACAAUAUGAAAUUACCCGAGCAUCAGUUAGAGAAAAAUGAAUGGAUGACUACGACGUGCAAUCACGCUCUGUACGCUAUCGUAGAUGUCUUCACACAAUACUUUGACAUUCUCGGCUCGCUUUUACUGGAACAACUGUACGCGCAGUUGCACUGGUGCGUUCAGCAAGAUAACGAGCAACUGGCGAGGUCUGGUACCAACUGUCUGGAAAAUCUAGUCAUAUCGAACGGCACCAAAUUCGGUGAAGACACCUGGAGCAAGACUUGUCAAAUAAUGUUGGAUAUAUUCAACAGCACGUUGCCCACGACGCUGCUGACGUGGAAGCCUGACGAAAACGAUGAGGGCGAAGCGCCUCACGUGCGUCACGGAAUUCUCAAAAAGCCACAGGGUGGCGACGAAAUUAAAUCGUCAAACCGUAUCUUCAACAGCCUUUUGAUUAAAUGUGUAGUGCAAUUGGAGCUCAUACAGACUAUCGACAACAUAGUGUUCUAUCCCGCGACAUCCCGGAAAGAGGACGCGGAAACGUUGGCUUUAGCCGCAGCGGAGUUAACCGGAGGAACUCCCGGGACAGAGCAGGAAUGUCAGCGUGAAGAACAGGGCAUGUAUCGGCUGCUCAGCUCGCCACACCUGCUGCGGCUGGUGGAGUGCCUGAUGUGCAGUCAUCGUUUCGCUAAGACGUUUAACACCAAUAAUGUGCAGAGGAAUGUGCUCUGGAAGGCGAACUUCAAAGGGUCCGUGAAGCCGAACAUGCUGAAGCAGGAGACGCAGUCGCUCGCGUGCGUGCUGCGGAUACUGUUCAAGCUGUACGGCGACGAGGCGCGGCGCGCGCACUGGCCGGCCGUGCAGAAGAGUCUCAUCACCAUAUCGUGCGAGGCUCUCGAAUAUUUCGGCUCGUUGACGAACGAAGCGCACAGGGACGCGUGGACGUCGAUACUACUUCUCAUUCUCACGAGAAUUCUCAAAAUGCCCGACGAAAGAUUUGCGGCUCACGUGUCGACGUACUACCCGAUGCUCUGCGAAAUAACCUGCUUCGACCUGAAGCCGGAGCUGCGGUCGGUGCUGCGGCGAGUGUUCAUACGCAUCGGACCCGUUUUCAACAUUACGUCUAACACGCAAUAAAUUGCUUAUCGGUUUACAAACAAAAUGGCCUUAUAGUUUAGUAGGUUAAAGUAUGACUUUGAUGUUAAUAAAAUAAUAACUGACGGAAAGUGUCAACGAGUCGGCAUGUACGAGGUGUGUUACGAUAAUCCGGAUAUAUAGCCUGACCGGAUAUAUGACCAGAAACAUAAACAAAAUUAACAGACUUCAAACAUAUUUACCUAAAUUGUAUUGCUCAAAAGUACUGAACCGAUUUUGAUGAUACUUGCACUGUUCUCUGAGUUUGAGUAUAAUUUGACUAACAAUUUUUUUUUAAAGCCUGACUUAUAUUCUUUAAGAUAUGUGCAAACAAACAUCCAUUUAAAAAAAUUGUCACAUGCUUAGAAACUGCAAUACUGAAUAAUACAUACACUAUGUUUGAAUUUUGAAGUUGGUCAUUAACCCUGCCAUGCAAACGAAGAAACUGAUUUCUUCUAGUAUAUCAAGGUUGUAUGGAAACAUUUUAUGUAAGCUCCAAGACAAUAAAGUUUAUAUUUCUGAUCAGACUAUAACGAAACUAAAUUGGACUGUGUACCGGCACACUGGUGCAGUUUCGAUUGUGUAUUCUAAAAGCACUGCCAUCCAUUUUCAAAUGGUUCUACACGUUCAUGUUGUCAAGGAUGAAAACAGAGGACUUUUGCAUAAAAGCUUACAUUAUGAAAAAAAUAUCGUUUUUGGUUUUGGAAAUGUCUUGAGUAAUCAAAAAAAGUUCUAUUUUAACAGAAAAAAACACCCAAAAUUAGUGCAGGCCUUGAUUAAAAAAGUCUUCAACAUGGAUGGUGGAUCCAUUGUAAAAUAAAUACUUCAGUUUUAAACUUAGUCCUGACCAAUGGUGGUUUGCAUACAAUCGAAUCAGCAUCAUUGGCCAUUUUUCAGUAACUUGGACUCAUAUUACAUAUAGUAGGGGAGCCGAAGAGGGGAUUUUUUAGUUACUCGAGCGCGGCAGAUGAACAUAAGGGAGUAUACCUUGCACUUUGCUCAGUACCACCAAGUAUGAGCUCUUAAUAUUGGUGGGUUAGGGCAACUAAAAAAAUACUCAAACAGCUAGUUGAAUGAAUACUAAAUAGCGAGUUGAUAGCUCAAAGGUGUCCAUUUCGAAAAGAUGACGUUUUAAGUGUAACAUAAUGGAAUGGGAGGAUUCUAAAGUUACAAAAUAAAACCCUUAAUUAAUUUCUGUUAUGGAGCCACAAUUGCCGUUAAUUUUUUAUUUAUUUUGAAUGAAAUAAUCUCCUAAAUAAUGAGCUUAUGUUCUCUGAUGAUUUCAGUAAACCAAAGUAAUAAAAAUUGUCUUUAGAGUAUGUUAUUUUUUCCCCAAAAGUAUAUAACCAUUGAUUCUUUCUAUUGUCUAAUCAAUUCCAAUGACGCUGUAGUAACUGCAAAUUUAGCAUCCCGGGCUCCCCUACUAAUACAAAUGUAUAUAGGUAUACAAACAAUAUAGUUUUCAACCCCUAUGAAACAGCUACUAUUGCUAUUAUUUCAUUUAACUUCACAUGGACCAUGUUGUUUUCUUUUUCUUUAUAUAUAAAAAAACCUACUAGUGCUCUAGUAAAUGCAUAAAUAUAAAAAAGUGAGUAAAGCUACUGAAAUGUGUGACAAUUUGGCGGAACACUGAAAAUAACUUGAUUGUGAAUAUUGAUGUUUAGUUUACCACAUGAAUAUAAAGGUCUUCCUGAAUUUAAUAAGAUUUCUGGAUUCAUCGUAACAGUAGGGAGUGUGUUGAAAUAAUAAUUAUAACAAUAAAACAUUUGUUAAUUUCGUAAAAUAAUGUAAUGACAGCAAUCAGUACUUCACUAGUAUUAAAAGUGAUCUAUUAUAUACUUAGGAUUGUAGUACAUAGCGUUAUUGUCUAAUUUAUAUAAAUUAUUUGAUUAUCAAAGUUAAAAAAAAAUUAAAUUGUAUAAUGAAACAAAAAACAUAGAUGUUUUACCUAUAAAUUAUAGUUUAUUCUGUAUAUUUGAAGUUUUUACAAUAUUUGGGAGGCUGUUGUCACUCAGCUGCUUGCUUUUAGCUGAUCUCUAUUACACCACCAUAAUACAAAACAUUGCCUUUCUAUAUAGAAUUUUUUUCAUAUACUUUUUAUCUUGAAGGUUUAGCAAUAUACUAAUCAUUAUUGAAAUCCAAUUACUGACCUAUAAUUUAUAUAUCAAUUGGAAAAAUAAAUAUACUCAGAGGCACAAUUAUCGGCCUACUUCAGUAUACACGAUGUAUACCAAAGUGGGCGGAUAAUUGUGCCUCUGAGUAUAUCUAUAAAUAUUACUAAGCAGUGGAACAUUUUAUGUAGGUCGUGUUUUAUUAUCAGUAAAGGUCGUGUUUUAAAUGUUUACAAUACUGGCUAUAGUUUUUUCCAGAUGGUGUAAUACAGCUCAGCGCAGCUUCUUGUCUUGGUUCUAGCUAGACUGAUACAAACUGUGAUUGUGAUACUUUUUCACAGCUUUCCGUGUUUUCAUUUCCAUUUAUUCUUAUUGAGUGAUUUCAGAACUCACAAGCAAACUGAUUAUAUUGUCACUUAAAAUAAUAAAAUAAUACAUUUA